GAAAUCAUCAUACAGUGUUCUGAUUGGCUGAUCCUUAAGUAGUCCAAGUCAUUGUAGCCAUCCACUACACCAUUCACCAUGCACUUCUGUCCGUCCUGCGGCAACAUCCUGCUCGUGGAGCCCGACGUACGUGCAUAAUCUGCUGCAGUACAUCGCCUUGUAGCUGACUCUGUUCUCUCUGCAUCUGUAUAGUCCGACGGCAUGCGUUUCUUCUGCCAGACAUGCCCUUACCUGUUCCAGAUCAAUGAAAAAGUGGAGAAGAAGGUGCCGCUACAGCGCAAACAGGUGGAUGACGUAUUGGGCGGCGACGAAGCCUGGGAGAACGUCGACCAGACUGAAACUCGCUGCCCCCACUGCGAGUACAACAAGGCCUACUUCAUGCAGAUCCAGAUCCGGUCAGCCGACGAGCCGUCCACGACCUUCUACAAGUGUGUGCAGUGCAAGAAGCAGUGGAACGAUUAACCUGCGAUUCCAAUGUAGCCAUUCUUUUGUUUUGUUAUUUGCUGUCAACGCUCCGACGUACAUGCAAGCUAUUAAGGUUAAUGUCGAUGGUAGGAUA